GGCAAACACACAAGUGCGAGAUGCAAUGUUCAGCGCCAUCUUCUCCAAAGUCCAAGGCCAGUUCACCACUUUCAGCAUCUUUCAGUAUAAGGACUGGUUCCAGAACAAGCUCAGGUUAUGGCUUGCCAGCAUAAAUGCCUCUGCCCUGGCAACCAUCCCAAAGAAGAUACCUUGCGGAGUUUACCAAAUCAUAAUGGCUGGCCUAGACAGCAGCUUCCAAGACAUGUCACCAGCGAGCCAACAAGAUGUUUACAACUUUGCAAAAGACUACCUUACCGCCAAGGCCUCUCAAGGGGGGGCUCCGUGCACUGAGAAUACCCGGGGAAGCUUGGGCUGGCUACACACAAACUUGGGCUCCUUCAGCACUUUGGCCAGUUAUGGAGAACUGAUUGGCCUCAACGCAGACUUCAGUGCUGUCGAUGCAGUAGCGGGUCUCAGCCCAGUGCAACUAGCGUCUUACGUGCUGGCAAGUGACGUUCUGCGGGACAGCGACAAAGCGGGCAAGGUCUUCGGCUCUCUGAACUCCCACACCGUUGGGGAGUUUCUGGAUGCAUUCAAUGCCGCUGCCCAGCAGCAGCAUCUCUCUCAGCUGCCUCAUGCCGAUGUGAGAAGAUUCAUCCUGGGCGAGAUCUUUUGCCAUUUAAGCACUGUGUUUAAGCUCUUCACCACUGAGGACUAUGCCGUCUGGUUCGGGGAAAGACUCACUCUCUUCCUGAGCAGCCUCGAAGCACAGAAUCUUGGCUUUUUACCUAACGACAUGUCGUGCGACUCCCUCGCAGCCAUAGUGAAGAUCCUGAGUGACCAUAAAGCGAAUGGGACAUAUGAGAACCCACAGGACAUCUUCUCAUUUAUAAAGAGAGUUCUUCACUUCCAGCUGCAAAACUCAGGCUCGGCCUGUGCUCAGGGAAUCACCACAGACAGGCAAUGGCUGCUACAGUAUUUUGGGCUCUUCACUGUUUAUGGCUCGUACUCCGACUUCAUCACGUUAAACAGCAGACUCCAUGGGCAUGACUCCCUAGACCUUUUCUCAGCAAGUACACUGGCCCAACUGUCUGCUCAAAGCAACACCAUCUAUAGCACUGCGGCCAUCCAGUUGGUCUUCCAGGCAAUCAGAAGCAAGGAGGAGCCACUCCAGCACCUCAGCACUUACCUGGAUGAUCUCAACACCCUACUGCUGAAGAGCUCCGGUUUGCUAGGGAAUUCCAAGGUGCGAGACACCAUGCUAAUGAUGUCAGCAGAAAUGGUCUUCCCACAAAUCACGGCCUUGUCCCUGGAAGGCACAACCACGUGGCUCCACAGACUGAACUUGCUGCUCGCUGGUGUAAAUGCAACAACAUUGGAACUGCUGCCUCUGACUAUGCCAUGCCCAUUUUACCAAGCCAUCAUUAACGCCGUUGGUGGAGUCUACUCAGAGUUAUCAACCAGGAAGAGGCAAGAUGUCUAUGGAUUUCAGAAGGCCUACCUGACUGCACAGUUCACAGACUCAGGCUCAGCAUGCAAGGAUGGAACCCACGGGACCAGAGACUGGCUGCAAAAGAACAUGGGAGAGUUCUGUUCUGUGGCUCAAUUAAGCGAACUUCAAACCUUUUACCCAGACAUUGAUGGAGUAAGUUUUUCUAGCCAAUGUGCUGAGCAAUAGUAAAAGCCUCCGCUCUCUUCCAAGCAAUCACAGUAGCUUCACGGGACCCGCAUUUACAAUGUUGAACAUGAGAAGGAUUCAGAUUUUUAAGGAAGAUGAUUUUUUUCCCUCUCCUUUUCUCGGGUUCUCUUGGCUUUUCUAAAACAGCUACGUCUCCCAAAGCAGGGAUCAGCUUGGGCCAAGGUGGGAGAAAUAUAUGAGAGCUUAAUAUGAGGUAAUAUGAGAGGUUAAAUUAUCUUCCUUGCUGCUUGCCUUUUUCCUCAAAAACCUGUCUCUGAUCAAAGAUAAGAGUGAGCGUCCUAAGUUAUCAGAACAUUUUCAGAUACCCCAAUGGCCACGCUUGCAACAUAUCUGAAACACAGAUGUAUGCUCUUUGUAUAGAGACAGGAAGGCCUAUUUUAUGUAUUAGAGAUCCCCUUUAAAUCAAGCUGGUUUCAAGGCUGUAAUAUGUCUGGACUUUGCCAUUCCUAUUUGCCUCACACAUUCUUCAAAUUAUAGCUUGCCUUUGAAAGCUACUAGCAGCAGGGUGCUGGAAUAGCAAACACACACACAUUGCUCCAGUUGGUAAGAUAAUUGUCUUCAACUUUUGUCCUAAGUUUAGUCUAAUCAGUAGCAAUGGGUUUUCUAACAUGAGCGUUUACCACCUAAUUUGUUCCAUGGAAAGUGAUUGUUAAGAUGCUGACCGCACAAUGCCAAAAUGAUCACUAGGGCAAAUGUGUGUUAAGAAAUGAAAUGACCAAUAGUAACAGAUGAGUCCAACAAUAACUGCAUCCUGUCAAAAUAAUAUUUGAUGGGAGAAUAUACAUACUUAAAUGUAACCAUGCAGUUGGUUCUAAAGACAGAAAUUACAGUAAUGGAAUACUUUAGAAGUAUGACUUUAAAUCCAUAAAUUCUGCUCAUAUUAUCAUGUGAAAAGUGAGGAUUUUUUGUGACCUCUUCAUAUGAUUCUUUUCAAAACUGUGCAUAAUUGUAAUAUACCUGAAAUUAUGUUUAUCCUUGAAUUUCACCGAUGCUCUGUAAGCCAGUGCUAACA